ACCACCACCACGAGCGAUCCUACUUCUACCACAAACACUACUACUCCUACCACACUCUCUCAGAGUCCCAGCAAACCUUGCCAAGUGGAUCCCUGUGAGGGUGGUUCUUCAUGUGUUAAUCUGCAUGAUAGACGUUUUUGCCUGUGUUCAGAAGGGUUUUACUAUAACUCUUCUACAUGCAAUAAAGGAAAGAUAUUCCCUGGUACAAUUACGGUCAAAAUAUCAUCUACAUCCGGCUUGGAAGAUGAAAAUUCUGUGGCUUAUCAGGAAUUAUACCUUAAAAUUACUACAUUUUUUAAAAAUGCAUUUAACAAUACUGAUUACGGACAGACUGUAAUUCGUAAAUUAAGCACAUCUCCUUCAGCAAGAUCUGAAAUUCGUACUGUUCAUGUAGAAGUAGUAAACAUUUUUAUAGAAACUACAAAAGAAACUGAAGAAAACAUAUCACGUACCAUUGAAAAUGCAAUUGCAAACAGCCCAACUGAGUUUACAGAAUACAUCAAGCAAGAUCGGUGUAAUUAUUAUGGUUGUGAGAAAAAGAAUGAGCAAGAUGACUGCGCCAGUGGUUUACUAUGUCAGUGCAAACCGGGGCUGCAGAGACCGAGCCCACAGAUCCCUCUGUGUGUUGCUUUGGGUCCAAAGUGUCCUGGUAACUGCAGCACAGAGAACAAUAGGCAAUGCCUAGUGAAGAACAGUGGGGAAGCUAACUGCGUGUGCCUGCCAGGCUACAAGAAAGAUAAUCGUGGGAUCUGUCAACCGUGUGCGUUUGGCUACAGCGGAGUUGAUUGUGAAGACUCAUUUCAGCUGAUCCUCACGAUCGUGGGCACCAUUGCUGGCAUCCUCAUUCUCGGCAUGGUGAUUGCACUCAUCUUCUCAGUGAGAUCAAAGAACAAAAGCAGGAAUGUGGAAGAAGAGAACUUGAUUGAGAACGAUUUUCGAAAUCUGAAACUGCGGGAGACCGGCUUUAGCAAUCUAGGAGCAGAUGGGAGCAUCUUCCCUAAGAUCAGGGUGAACCUACCCAAAGAGAGUCAGCCACAGAAUCCCUACAUAGUCCAGGGUGGUCUACCCCGCGCAGACUAUUAGAACGGUAAAAAUUAGGAACCAUCCACCCCUCAACCCAACAUAUGAGCUUUUAUUUUGAGUGUUUCAAAGACUGAUGGAGAAGGGAGCAGCCAUGAAGAUCUGGCCUUUGGUAUUUCCCUUCCAUCCAGCCUCUCUGAAUGGGAGUUGUGACUGUUUGCAAUGAAUACAGCUUG